AUGGCAACGUUUUCUGCCGUCAACAAAGACCUGACAGUGCCAGAAGAUGGACAGUCUGGUCAAGCGCAAACACCAACCACCCCAACACCUACCACGGGUCUGCUAGAUCAUCCCGAGAACGACAUGAACGCCGACGAGUCGUCGCCGAACACACCCACGAGGCACAGCUUCGGUGGCUUGCCAGGCCAGAAGCCUUUACCAGACGAACCGAUCACACCCGCCCAGUCGCAAGACCAGCCGCAAGAGUCGAGUAAUUCGGUAAAGCGAGAUGCAUCACACCGCUCCGCAAAGUCGGAGAGCCAGUCAAUAGACGUCGAAAUGGGGGAGGCGAACGAUGAAGAUGGCGCAGAAGACGACGGUUCGGACAACGAGAGCGUUACCAGCGAAUCGCAACGGCCCUCGAAGAAGAAGAAAGGGCAACGGUUCUUCUGUACCGAGUUUCCACCUUGCCAGUUGAGUUUCACCCGCAGUGAGCAUCUGGCUCGACACAUCAGGAAACACACGGGCGAACGGCCGUUCCAAUGUCAUUGUUCAAGGCGUUUCUCUCGCCUGGACAACCUGCGGCAACAUGCGCAGACUGUCCACGUGAAUGAGGAAAUACCAGGGGACUCGCUCGCAGCAACGAGCACACGAUUUCAACGCCAGAUUCGAACCGACCGAGUGCGACCACCUGGCAGUCGCUCACGUGCGUCGACUCUUGGUAGUAAUGGGGGACACUCGAGAGGACACAGUCGAAACCUGUCCACGUCUAGCAUCGGAUCUACGACUUCCAGUGUCGGUGUGUCGGAAGAUACUCGACGACGACCGCAGCCCCUGGCCAUGGCAAAUGACCCGUCUGCUCGCGCGAGACUGUCACUCGAGACAUACAACAACGGCAUGGGUGGCAGUCCAAGCCAACAAUACGUCUACUACAAUCAGUCUCCGACGGGAUACAGCACGCCUACAUCUCAAUUCUCUGCCGGAGCGCAGAGUCCACGGUUUCAAUCAGGAAUGGCAUCGCCAGCUUCGACUUUGUCAAGGUCUUCCUUCUAUAACGGAGCACGUGCGCCAGGACGAAGAUUGUCCGUCCCUUCUGGGCAGAAUCCGUUCCAAAACCAGAAUGCAACAUACCCCAUGCCAUACUUCAGCCCCAUUCCCUCGGGACAGUCGGCAAACUUCUCCCAAAAUAGCAGCGUCUUUGCCAGUCCAACCAGUUCUGUUUUCUCACAAGGACGCCGAGAAUCUGAGACGGAGAUGGAGUAUCGAAGAAGGACGUGGCAUCCCAGCAGCAACUCGCAGUAUGCGCAGAGACCGGCCACGAGCGGAUUGACGUAUCAUCAGACCCCGGAUGAACCGCGACCGGCAUUCACUCAGCAACAGGCUGCGAGCCAGAUGACCCGACUCCCUGGGAUUGAAAGUUUUGACCACGCUCCGCCUCCAGGGCCUCGUCAGCAGUCCAGCCCAAUGAUGGUCGAUGCUUCGCCAAGGCCACCAAGUUCAAGCCGACCAUCUGACGCUGGACUUCAGCAAGGCCUAACAAGGCUCGACAUCGCUGCUGCAAAUGGUCCUGCUGAGGGACAAUGGCAAGUAACCCAGCCAGCACCGCCUCAGCAACAGCCUAUCUACUUCAACCAGCAGGCUCCAGUACCCCAGCAGCACUAUGUCCAGCCCCCGAAGCACAUGUCGAUGCCAGAGCAGCCUGUUACACCGCGAAAGAACAAGCGAAACGCAUGGUAUGGCGGUCCGAUCACUCCGUCGCACGGCAGUCAAGGCAUGUACGGUAUACAGCGUCCUUCUCCCGAGGAUUCUGGCAGUAGUGAUGGUGUGCCUACACCCUCGACGUCCCAAGUCAACGAGUACAACCCUGUCAUUGUCAACCCCAACGGCAUGGCAGAGUACCCUCCUGGCACGGCAAUGACCACGGACGAACAAAAAGUCUACCAUCAAUCCACCGACCACGGACGUGCUGAUUCCGGAUACCAAACCUACAUGCAGGCCCAAAGCCAGCCACCACAAACAUAUGCCCUGCAGUCCGGACAUGACCCUCGAUUUGCCCAGGCAAACUACAGCCAAGCGCCCAACAACGACAUGGCCAAACUGGAAGCCCUGGUCGCAGUCGCCACCAGCGAGGGCAACAGAGCCGCCGAGCACAGGUCUUGA